UGUACAUUGCGCAGGAAAGUUUUAAGUUUUGCAUUGUCAAUUCCCAAAUUGAUCCUAUCCAAAUUCAGCAAGACUACCUUAAACCACAAUGCUUUCUGCACCAAGAGCACCACCACCGGCGGUGGCGGUGGCGGCGCCCGCACGUUUCAAAUUCCAAAACGUAUGUGGGAAUCCUGUUAAUCUUCUUCUGCUGCACAGAAAUGUUGGUAGCAGUUGCAAAAGGGUGGUGGUUUCAACUAAAGCUGCUUACAGUCGUAUGCCAAUGGACACACCAGGGGCUUACCAGCUCAUAGAUAAAGAGAGUGGAGAUAAAUUCAUAGUAUGGGGAGGUACUGAAGAUGACGACUCUUCUAUCCCUUCCAAGGAAGUUCUCUCAUGGAAACCUCUCGCUUCUACUUCUCCUGACAACAACCACCCUCCUCCAACUCAGAGUAGCAGUAAUGAAGCUUCGACUAGGGGAUUAACAGGGAAUUUCGGCAGACUGAAAUUUAGAAGAAUGAGAGAUCUAGUAAGAAAAAGCUACACAAAAAACAAAGAACGCGAUGUUAUUGAUCACGACAAACACAAUACUACAGAUGCCUCUUCCCGAUCAUCAUUCAGUUCAUAUAAUGAACCUGGUCAGUUAAAAGAGCAACAAACGCUUAGUCUUCCUAGAGGUCGUGCCAAAAUUCAGCAGCUAGAAGACAGAAAGAAUUCCCAAAAAUUAAUCAGAGUGGAAGACGAAGAUAGAGAUAUAGCUAUCGAAAAUGUUAGCAAACAUUUCGCAGGCUAUAGCAGUGAUUCUCAUGCACACUCUGCAAGAGUAGUUCAUCCUGGAUCAAAAGCUUCGGCUUCUCCCUUACGUGGAUGGGGUGGGGGAUCAAGUCAUUACAGUCUUAAGAGGGAAGAAAUUUUCAGACAAAGGCGAAACUUGGAUGAUGAAAACAAUUUCUUUAGUAGAAAAUCCUUUCAAGAGUUGGGAUGCAGUGACUAUAUGAUAGAAUCCUUAAGGAAUCAGCACUUUGUGCGCCCUUCACAUAUUCAGGCCAUGACAUUUGGACCCAUCAUUGCUGGAAAGAGCUGCAUAAUAUCUGAUCAAAGUGGAUCUGGAAAGACUUUGGCAUAUCUACUACCACUUAUUCAACGUCUUAGGCAAGAAGAACUUCAAGGACUUAGCAAACCAUCAUCUCAAAGUCCUCGGGUUGUAGUACUGGCACCAACAGCUGAAUUGGCUUCUCAGGUCCUAAGUACCUGCCGCUCAUUUUCGAAAUCUGGUGUUCCUUUCCAUUCUAUGGUUGUUACUGGUGGUUUUCGCCAGAGAACUCAAUUGGAGAACCUAAGACAGGAGUUAGACAUUCUUAUAGCAACUCCUGGCCGGUUUAUGUUUCUUAUCAAAGAGGGCUACCUGCAGUUAACUAAUCUCAAGUGUGCUGUGCUGGAUGAGGUUGAUAUCCUUUUUAGCGAUGAGGAUUUUGAGACUGCAUUUCAAUGUUUGAUUAACUCUUCACCAAUCACCACACAGUAUCUAUUUGUGACUGCAACUUUGCCCAUGGACAUAUACAACAAGCUGGUAGAAAGUUUUCCUGAUUGUGAACUAGUAAGUGGUCCUGGUAUGCACCGUACAAGCCCUGGCUUGGAAGAGUUCCUUGUAGAUUGCAGCGGAGAUGAAACAGCUGAAAAAAGUCUGGACACAGCUUUUAUCAAUAAAAAGAAUGCCCUACUUCAUCUGGUGGAGAAUAGCCCAGUUCCAAAAACAAUUGUCUUCUGUAACAAGAUUGAUAUCUGCAGAAAAGUUGAGAAUGCAUUAAAGCGAUUUGACAGGAAAGGAUUCUCCAUAAAAAUUUUACCCUUCCAUGCUGCACUGGACCAAGGAAGGAGACUUGCAAACAUGGAGGAGUUUCGCCGCUCAAAGAUGGAGAACAUUUCUUUGUUCUUGGUGUGCACCGACAGAGCAUCCCGAGGUAUCGACUUUGAAGGUGUAGACCAUGUGGUCCUCUUUGAUUAUCCUCGAGACCCUAGCGAGUAUGUACGUCGUGUUGGAAGAACUGCCAGGGGUGCUGGUGGAAAAGGAAAGGCAUUCAUAUUUGCCGUUGGGAAGCAAGUUUCUCUUGCUCGAAGGAUAAUGGAAAGAAACAAGAAAGGCCACCCAGUCCAUGAUGUGCCGUCAAUAUUAACUUAGCAUCCUGCAAAAGGGCGCAUGGAACCUGGAAAACAGGACAGUAUGAUGCUGGUGCGCUUAGAAGGCCAUUGAGAAGAAGCAAAAGAAUUAAGAAACCAUCACAGGGGCUCACAUAAUAUACUUGCGAUCCAGGUUAAGGGCUUAGCUCUGUCAAAAGAUUGUAGAGGGUGGGGUUAGUUAAUAACACAGUGCCAUUAUAGUGGAGUAGGCAAGAAGUUUGUUGAGCAAGUUUUGAUUUCUCAUCCCUGUUCUUCUAAGUCUUCUCAUCACCGUUCUGCUUUCCUUAUUGUACUUUUUAUCAGUUUCCUUUGUAAUUUUCUUUGAGUUAUCAAUAAAAUCUGUUUCCCUUUGUGUUCCAUUAAA